UUGGUUUUCUCCAACAUGGCGGAUCAUGUUUGUAGUGUUUAGGAAGCUGAUCAUUCUGUUUACCAGAUAAAAAUGGACCAACAGAAUGAAGAAUCAAGUAAAGGAGAUCAUAGCAUUGAUCAGAAAUCGUUUAAUUUAUUUGCAGAAAUGGACCAAUCACAGAACAUGCCACCAGAAAGUCCAGUUCUUAUGUCGGAUUUCAAAUGGUGCGACUCAGCCACUGCUUUAAUGUUGAAACUAUAUCGUGAUAAGCAAAUGAAAUUUAAUAAUCCUCAUGUGAAAAAGAAAGUUGUUUGGCGGGAAAUAGCAGAUGUAAUGCAACAGAAUGGAUACGCUUUUGACGCAGACCGUUGUGAAAGAAAAUUUUUAAACCUUAAAACUAGUUACAGAAAUACAAUUCAGCAUAACUGCAUGACCGGAAAUAUGUCUAGAACAUGCGCAUUCUUUUCCGAGCUACACGAGAUUUUUCAGAUGCAGAUUGGUAUUGACGAUGGAAAGACACCAGUGAAUCUCCAGCCAGCUCCAAUUCGUCUGAUACCAAAUGCUAAUAACGUACAAGUGGUACCGGUUUCUGAAGGAAAAGAAAGUAGAUCUUCUAUUACCUCUCCACCUACCGAUCACUCCGCAUAUCGAUAUCCUACACAACGCCAACAAGGGCCUCAACUUUCACCUCUUCCUCAAACGAACUCUGAAUCAACAUUUGAUAAAAGAUCGAAUAAUACACCUACACAUUCUGUACCAAAUUCUAGUCCAAAUAGUCAGUUCUAUGUGUCUGCAUCCAUGCUGUUAGAAGCUUCCGCACAACGAAAUAGUUCUAAUGGCAACAAACACAUUUCACAAGGACAGAGUCUUGCACAGCAGAAAGCUUCAGACAAUCAUACCGAGAGGCGUCUAUCCAGUCACCAAUCAUCUAGUUUUCAACAGAGAAAUCCACCAGCUAGUCCCAUACAAACCACGACAGCACCAUUAUCACACCCCACCGAAAACGGCCGCCAUAAUUAUCCAAAUACAUCGGUUAUUGACCUUUGUAAUGACAGGAAACGUUCAAGUUCUGAAAAUGAAUCAAGACAAGAACGAAUUAAAAAAAGCAAAAAUAACGAUUUACAAACAUUGUUGGCUAGUUUCGAAAAAUACCGAGAGGAACAGAAAGUUCGUGAAGAUGACCGGAUGAGAAUGAUGAAAGAAUUCCAUGACGAGGAAAUGAAGGUCACGAACCGGUUUCUGGACAUCAUUCAACAGUGUGUUCAGUAUAAUUCUGAUGAUUAAAAAGUUAAAUAGC